UAAAAUGCUUGGUUAGGUUGGACCGUGAAUAUCUCCGAAUCUAUUAUGCUAUAUCCACCAUCAACAAAUAGCGACACAGUUUUAGGCCUCAUAAGUUCUUCAGGAGCGGAUAGAUUAAGAUAGAUACCCAUAAGAAAAGCACUGGGCAUUCUUCACUUGAGAUGUCGAUUGCGAACCCUUUGAAGAAACUAGUGAAGUGCGUUAUUCUUGAUUUGGAUGGUACUCUUCUUAGCACAGACAGUAUUAUGAGUGAUGUCUUGAAAGGUUAUUUAGUUAAGUAUGGAAAGCAAUGGGAUGGGAGAGAAGCUACGAAAAUAGUCGGGACGACGCCACUUGAAGCUGCAGCCACUAUUGCGGAAGAUUACAAGCUUCCUUGCACAGCGGAGGAAUUAAUAUCUGAGAUCACACCUAUGUUCUCCAAGCAUUGGUGCAAUAUUAAAGCACUUCCAGGAGCGAAUCGGCUAAUUAAACAUUUCAGCAGUCAUGAAGUGCCCAUGGCAUUGGCUUCAAACUCUCCUAGGGAGAAUAUAGAAACGAAAAUCUCAUGUCAUCCUGGAUGGAAGGAAUCCUUUUCUGUCAUAAUUGGUGGCGAUGAAGUGAGAUCGGGGAAGCCGUCACCUGAAAUAUUCCUCGAAGCAGCUAAAAGGCUAAAUGUUGAACCUUCCAGCUGCCUUGUCAUCGAAGAUUCUCUACCAGGUGUGACGGCUGGUAAGGCUGCUCACAUGGAAGUGGUUGCUGUACCAUCCCUUCCGAAACAAUCCCAUCUCUAUGUUGCAGCAGAUGAGGUGAUCAAUUCUUUACUUGAUUUGCGACCUGAAAAGUGGGGCCUCUCUCCAUUCCAAGAUUGGAUAGAAGGUACUUUGCCAUUGGAACCUUGGUAUAUUGGUGGUCCUGUCACCAAGGGAUUUGGACGUGGCUCGAAAGUACUUGGGAUCCCAACAGCUAAUUUGUCCACAGAUGGAUAUUCAACUCUCCUUUCAGAACAUCCCUCAGGGGUAUAUUUUGGUUGGGCCGGAUUAUCAACUCGCGGGGUUUUUAAAAUGGUCAUGAGUAUUGGUUGGAAUCCAUAUUUCAACAACACUGAAAAGACUAUAGAGCCAUGGCUUCUUCAUGACUUCGAUGAGGAUUUCUAUGGUGAGGAAUUGCGUCUUGUUAUAGUUGGCUACAUUCGGCCUGAGGCAAAUUUUCCGACCCUCGAGGGAUUGAUAGCAAAGAUUCACGAGGACAAGAAAAUUGCAGAGACAGCUCUUGAUCUUCCAUUGUACUCGAAAUACAGGGAUGACCCCUAUUUGAGAAGUUCUGUUUAGAAUGACAUUCAUAUAUUUCCCCAUAUUGAUACUCUCUCAAGAGAACAAGAAAGUAGAGUCCUUUUGCAGUUUUGCUAUCAUAUGACAUUUAUUCUUAAACCGAAAUUCCCUCUUAAUUUAUGUUUUCAUUCUUUUUGGCUAGAGAGAUGUGAUCUAGAAUAUUGAUUGGAAGACAAUCAUUCUGUUUGUAUUAUGCACAGUGAGAAGCAUAACAAGGUAAUAAAAUGAA